AUGUAUGGUGUCGAUUAUCAAGUUGCUGUUAACAGAAACUUGCUAAAAGUUGCCCAAUUUUUGGUUUAUUCAAGUGGAGAAGAUUGUUUAGAUAGCCAAAACUGUCUGGUGCUUAGUAGAUCCAUUUGUGAUUUACUAACGGCACUUCAUGAAUGUUACCGUAUUGCUGCACGGAUACCUCAUGUUUUUGAAGUUGAAAUGGUUUUAAAGAAACUUGAAGAGGAUGGGGAGGAAGAAAAUGUAGCAAAUUUAAGCAAGUACACUAAUAGUGAUUUUCUACCAGUUUUCCGUAAUUUACUUGAUAUAACGGUAAAUAUUUAA